AUGCCGGAAUCAGACGUAGUUACGUUCAAUGUCAGCGGGAAAAUAUCUGAGACCCUGCGGAGCACUAUAUUGAAAUAUCCAGAUACAUAUCUGGGCAAUCUUGUCCAAUCCAACCUUCCCGAAUACUUUAUCGCUCGCAGUCCUCUCUUCUUCGGCCACAUACUCAACUAUUACCGGACGGAGCUUUUGCAUUUCCCCGAAGAUGUAUGCAUGACAGCCUUUGAUGAGGAGUUGUCGUUCUACGGACUGUCAGCGGAAUUAUUCUGCAACUGCUUCAUUGCGAGGUAUCGCAAUCGACGCCUGACCAGCCAGCCAACGGAUGGAGAUAAGAACAGCACAGGAAAGCCGUUGCAUCUGUCGGUCCGAAUCUGUCUGUCGGGUUUAGAUAACCUACUAUCGUCGAAAACGGGCCUGAUCUGGUAUUUCUUUACCAACAUCUUGAUAGCAGUUUCAAUAAUUCCCCAAAACAACAUGAAGAGCAGUGGCGAGGAAGCGUUUUAUCUAUUUGUCCUGCAAAUCUUAGGCAUCGUGGUACUUUGCGCUGCCAUAUUGACGUUUCAAUGCGAGAAAGAAUAUCCGGAAUCACCCAUUGUUGGCGGCCAGACCGCAAUCGGGCACAGCGCCAUUACGGUGGCGACCGUUGGGUAA